UUAUAGUUACCUGAACCUUGGUGUUAGGGUGGAAAGCCUAGUAGGUGCUCAGAAAGAUUUCUGUUCAAAGGUCCUUUGUUCCUGAGACUAAACGUCCCCCAACACCUCCGUCACCUCCAGUGGCUUAGCAAACUAUCAUUUCAUUACACACUGGACUCUCAUUUAAGAGGAAUUUAAGAGAAUGGUUAUUUUCUUAUCUCCAUUUUAUACCCAGCUCCCCCUUCUUCUGGGGGUGCUAGUGUCAGCAGAAGCUGAUGGGGAAGUGAGGCCUGGGAGGUAGAGGAGGAGGGAAUGAGGGGAAAGGGGAAGUUUGGGAGAGGAGAAUGUGAGUGCUACAACAGAGGAGACGCUGGGUCUGUCUCCCACCUCCACCAGCAUCUGGGGAGCUAUGAGCAAGACCGGAGAUUUGCAGGGAGGAAAAGCUUUCGGACUGCUGAAGGCCCAGCAGAAAGAGAGACUGGAUGAAAUCAACAAGCAAUUCCUGGAGGAUCCCAAAUAUAGCAGUGAUGAGGAUCUGCACUCCAAACUGGAAGCCUUCAAAAGGAAAUACAUGGAGCUUGAUUGGAAUGGAAAUGGAGAUAUAGAUAUCAUGUCCUUGAAGCAAAUGCUGGAGAAACUUGGGGUCCCCAAGACUCACCUAGAGCUAAAGAAACUAAUUGGAGAGGUGUCCAGUGGCUCUGGGGAAACAUUCAACUACCCUGACUUCCUCAGGAUGAUGUUGGGCAAGAGAUCUGCCAUCCUAAAAAUGAUCCUGAUGUAUGAGAAGAAAGCAAGAGAACAGGAAAAGCCCAUUGGUCCCUCAGCUAAGAAAGCUAUCUCUGAGUUGCCCUGAUUUGAGGGGAAAGGGGGUAUGGUGGGAUUGAAGGGGCUUCUAAUGACUGGGACAUGGAAAAAGAAGACAAAAUUGUGAGCCAGAGUCAAACCAAAUUAAAUAAAUUAUCUUCCUCUGUCAGAUCAAA